CCAGCACCCAGCACCCAGCCCUCCAGCACCCAGCACCAUGGCACAAAUGAGCAGGGACCCCCCCACGGAGACGGAGCGCAGUAUGGAGAAGAUCAUCGUGGUAUUCGGUCGCUACGCGGGGAAGGACGGCUGCGCCGACACCAUGACCUACAGGGAGUUUGAGGACUUCAUGAAAACAGAACUGAGUUCCUUCAGCGGAAACAAAGAUCCGAAUAUCCUGAAGCUGAUGAUGAAGUCGGUUGAUGGGUCGGUCGACACCAAAGCAGAUGAUAAGUUGGACUUCCAGGAAUUCCUCAAUCUGAUUGGUGGGAUGAUGGUGGGGUGCCACGCCGCUCUCUGUAAGCUCCCCGAGGGCUACAAGCCCAACCCCUCCAACAAGAAGCCCACUGAGAUGGAGACGGCCAUGGAGAGCAUUGUGCGCAGUUUCCAGAAGUACGCGGGGAAGGGGGGCGACAAGUGCCAAAUGGACUACAAGGAGUUCGAGGGCUUCAUGAAGACGGAGCUGAAAUCUUUCACAGAGCACCAGAAAGACCCCAACGCGCUGCGCAGCCUGAUGAAGACGGUGGACGGCUCGGUGGAUGACAAGCAGGACGGGCAACUCAACUUCCAGGAGUUCAUGAACCUGGUGGGGGGCAUCAUGGUGUCGUGCCAACAUGCCAUGCUCAGGAGCACCCAGCCCCGCCGGGUCUGAGCCCCGCCCAUUAACCCCUCUAUGCCCUCAGCAUUGUCCUGUGAAUACUUCCUGCUGUCUUGUAAUAAAGUAUCCAACCCACAA